UUCCCGCAGAUCAUGUGACAACACAAGAUGGCGGCGUCCAGCGAGGCGGAAGAGGAGCGUGUCUUUUAUUUGGUAGUGAGCGGUAUUCCUGCGGGGUUGCGCUCGGCCCAGCUACGGAGCUACUUUAGCCAGUUCCGGGAGCAGUGCGGCGGUGGCUUCCUCUGUUUCCAUUAUCGUCAUCGGCCUGAGCGGCCCCCUUCUCAGGCUGCUCCAGACCCUGCCCUAGCUCCCAUCGAUCCUGCCACUGAAGGCCAACUUCUCGCUCAAACUUCAGCCGCCGGUACCCGUACUCUCUUCGUCCGGGACUCGGCUCCAGUCCAGACCCGCACCUGUUGCUGCGUGAUCUCGGUGCGGGGGGCAGCUCAGACCCAGAGGCUUCUUCGCAUGUACUCGGGCCGCCAGUGGCUGGAUUCGCAAGGGACUUUGCUGCCAGGUCGCUGUCUCAUCCGCCGACUUCGGCUACCUACUGAAGCAUCAGGUUUGGGCUCCUUUCCCUUCAAGACUCGGAAAGAGCUGCAGAGUCGAAAGGGCAAGAGUGAAGCCUUCACCCUGGCUGACCUGAGACAACUGCCAGAGCUGAACCCACCAGUGCUGAUGCCCAAUGGAAAUGUGGGGACUCCCUUGCAGGUCUUCUUGGAGUUCAUCCAGGCAUGCCGUCUGCCCCCCCGGAUCAUCACCCAGCUGCAGCUCCAGUUCCCCAAGACAGGUUCCUCCCGACGCUACGGCAAUGUGCCCUUCAAGUAUGAGGACUCAGAGACUGUGGAGCAGGAAGAGCUUGUAUACACAGCAGAGGGUGAGGAGAUUCCUCAGGGAGCCUGCCUAGUAGACACACCAGCCAACCCUUGUGGAGAGCCAGAGGAAGAAGGGGAAAAGGAGGAGGAAGAAGAGUCUGACUCAGAUGAUGAUGAUGACCGGUGUGAGGAGUGGGAGCGGCAUGAAGCACUACAUGAAGAUGUGACCAGGCAGGAGCGCACAACUGAGCGGCUCUUUGAGGAGGAGAUCGAGCUCAAGUGGGAGAAAGGUGGCUCUGGCCUGGUCUUCUACACUGAUGCCCAGUUCUGGCAGGAAGAAGAAGGAGACUUUGAUGAACAGACAGCCGAUGACUGGGACGUGGACAUGAGUGUGUACUACGACCAAGAUGGUGGAGACAAAGAUGCCCGAGACUCUGUCCAAAUGCGUCUGGAACGGAGACUCCGAGAUGGCCAGGAGCAUGGCUCUGUAACUGAGUGCCAGGUGGGCACCUUUGAGCGCCACACUAAGGGCAUUGGGCGGAAGGUGAUGGAACGGCAGGGCUGGGCCGAGGGCCGGGGCCUGGGCAGCAGGUGCUCAGGAGUGCCCGAAGCACUGGACAGUGAUGGCCAGCACCCCAGGUGCAAGCGUGGAUUAGGGUACCAUGGAGAGAAGUUACAGCCAUUUGGGCAACUGAAGAGGCCCCGUGGAACUGGCUUAGGGCUCAUCUCCACCAUCUAUGAUGAGCCGCUGCCCCAGGACCAGCAGGAGUCGCUGCUCCGCCGCCAGCCACCCACCAGCAUGAAGUUUUGGACAGAUACGGCCUUUGUGAAGGGCUCCAGCUGUGCCUUGCAUAGUGCCUCAGAGCCUGAGUAA